AUGGCCUGCAAAUGGAUAGGCCCAGGCUGGUUCAUCCCGAUCAUAACGCUGUGCUUUGGCAUUGCUUCCAUCGGCACAGCGUUUGUCCACAACAUCCACACCAUCUCAGUCGUACGAUUCAUACUGGGAAUAUUCGAGGCCGGUAUGCUGCCCGGAAUCGCGUAUUACAUGUCUAGGUUCUACCGCCGGUCCGAACUUGCCUUCCGUUUAUCGCUCUACAUCGUGAUGGCGCCCCUUGCAGGUGCUUUCGGAGGGCUACUUGCCUCGGCGAUCCUCACUCUCGACUCUUUCGGUAGCCUCAAGCGCUGGAGGAUGAUCUUCGCUAUCGAGGGCAUCAUUACGUGCAUUCUCGCGAUAAUCUCGUUUUUCACCCUUACCGACCGCCCGGAGACAGCCCGUUGGCUCAAUCAAGAGGAAAAGGAUCUUGCGGUCGCUCGCGUCAAGUCAGAACGUGUUGGGCAGAGCGAAGUUGUUGAUAAGUUCAACAAGAAGAAGACGGUCCGCGGCAUUCUCAACCCUGUCAUUUUGGCCACUUCUUUUAUCUUCCUUUUGGACAACAUCACUGUCCAAGGUCUUGCUUUCUUCACACCGACGAUCGUCCGUACUAUCUAUCCCAAGAACACUGUCGUCUCCCAACAACUCCACACCGUGCCGCCAUACAUCGUUGGAGCUUUCUUCACAGUCCUCCUUCCGUUCAUCAGCUGGCGCAUAGACAGACGCACAAUUUUGUUCAUCAUAAGCGCUCCGCUAAUGAUGAUCGGGUACAUAAUGUUCCUUGCGAGCCACAACCCUCAAGUCCGCUAUGGCGCAACCUUCAUUAUAGCAUCCGGCGCCUUCUCCUUCGGUGCACUAUGUAACGCUCACGCAUCCGCCAACGUCGUUACGGAUACAGCACGCGCAUCUGCCAUCGGCACAGUUGUCAUGUUCGGAAACGUUGGUGGGCUGAUCUCAACGUGGAGCUUCUUGCCAUUCGACGCUCCAAACUUCAAGAUUGGCAAUGGAUUGAAUCUGGCGACUAGCAGCACGAUUCUAAUAUCGAGUAUUGUUCUACUGCUCUGGAUGAAGAGGAGCAAUAAGAAGAGAGAGACUGUCGAUGUGGAUCAGGAAUUGGCUGGCAAGUCAACAGACCUGCGCAAGUCUGCUGUCUUAUGCCAAGGACUCCACGAUGUAUGUCCUCUUGGACUUAGCAUUACAUGCAAAGAUACAAAAUGA